GACUGGGGGAAGAUACAUUUAUAUUGAAGAUUUGCAUUCCGGCGACUGGAGGAGAGGGACGGCUUUUCCCGGCUCCGCUCUGCGCUGGAUGUUGCACAGAUAUAUGCGGACGAGGACAUCCAGCUGCCACUGAGAUGUGAUUCUCUGCGGUUUCAUUUCACUUUUGUCAAAGCAAAGCACGCUAAAACAGGCCUGUAUGGUGUCACGAACAGUGAGCUGUGAAAGAAACAGCUCGCCGCAAGACCGUCUGGGCUCAGCAGGAAGGACCUCCGGAUCUACUUCCAGGUCAACCUCGGACGUCAUGUGGACCAGAUGUCUGCUCUUCAUCUCAACCUUGUUCGCUCCCGUUGCCAUCGUCUAUGGCCGUGCUCCUAUCCCCAUGGCAGUGGUCCGCAGGGAGCUGUCCUGCGAGUCCUACCCCAUUGAACUGCGCUGCCCGGGCACGGACGUCAUCAUGAUCGAGAGCGCCAACUACGGCCGCACCGACGACAAGAUCUGCGACUCGGACCCCGCCCAGAUGGAGAACACGCGCUGCUACCUGCCCGAUGCGUACAAGAUCAUGUCGCUCAGAUGCAACAACCGCACCCAGUGUGCGGUGGUGGCCGGCCCGGACGUCUUCCCUGACCCCUGCCCCGGCACCUACAAGUACCUGGAGGUCCAGUAUGAGUGUGUCCCUUACAAAGUGGAACAAAAAGUAUUUCUGUGCCCCGGCAUUCUGCGGGGAGUCUACCAAAGCGAGCAUCUCUUUGAGUCCGACCACCAGUCUGGCGCCUGGUGCAAAGACCCUCUGCAGGCGUCCGACAAGAUCUACUACAUGCCGUGGACGCCGUACCGCACGGACACCCUGACCGAGUACUCGUCCAAGGAGGACUUUGUGGCGGGCCGCCCCACGACCACGUACAAGCUGCCGCACCGAGUGGACGGCACCGGCUUCGUGGUGUACGACGGCGCGCUGUUCUUCAACAAGGAGCGCACGCGCAACAUCGUCAAGUUCGACCUGCGCACGCGCAUCAAGAGCGGCGAGGCCAUCAUCGCCAACGCCAACUACCACGACACGUCCCCGUACCGCUGGGGCGGCAAGUCGGACAUCGACCUGGCGGUGGACGAGAACGGGCUGUGGGUCAUCUACGCCACCGAGCAGAACAACGGGCGCAUCGUGGUGAGCCAGCUCAACCCGUACACGCUGCGCAUCGAGGGCUCCUGGGACACCACCUACGACAAGCGCUCCGCCUCCAACGCCUUCAUGAUCUGCGGGGUGCUGUACGUCGUCAAGACCGUGUACGAAGACGACGACAACGAGGGCACGGGGAACAAGAUCGACUACAUGUACAACACCGACAAGAGCAAGGAGAUGACGGUGAACAUACCGUUCCCCAACUCGUACCAGUACAUCGCCGCAGUGGAUUACAACCCUCGAGACAACCUGCUGUACGUGUGGAAUAAUUACCACGUGGUCAAGUACUCGCUGGACUUUGGCAACAACGAUUAUCGGCCACCUCCCAUAAUGCCCCCCAGCCGAGGGGGAGGAGGAGGAGGAGGCGGCGGAGGAGGUGGAGGAGGAGUAGGAGGUUCUCUUGGCGGCGGAGGCUCCUCGUCUUCCUCUACCAGCCGCUCCACCACCACACGCUCCCCUCCGUACUACACCACCCCGAGGCCGCUGCUGACCACCUCCCCCGGCCAGCGCUACCGAACCACCACCACCGUCCGCCAGCCCGUUCUGCUUCCCGCUGGAGGAUCGUCGUCCGACAACAAUCAAAUCCCCGACACCAAUCAGAAGGCUGGGGGCCGAUCCCCGCCCGGACAGGCUCCCCCGGCGGCCCCGCAGCCUCCCGCCCUCCCUCCGCAGGACUUCUGCACUCCGAGGGUGACGGCCGACAUAUCGUGGCCCCGGACGCAGCAAGGCCAGACCGCCAAGCAGCCCUGCCCGGUCGGGACGCUCGGCGUGGCUACAUACGUGUGCGUGGCCCAUUUGGGCUACUGGGAUCCCCAAGGCCCCGACCUCAGCAACUGCACGUCGCCCUGGGUCAACCACAUCAUGCAGAAACUCCGGUCGGGCGAGACUGCGGCGAUCGUAGCCCGGGAGCUGGCCGAGCAGACCAAAGGGCUCCUGCGGCCGGGCGAUGUGCCGUCCACGGUGCGGGCCAUGGCCCAGCUGGUUGAACUGCUGGACGUCCAGCUCAGGAACCUCACCCCGGGGGGCAAGGACAGCGCAGCCCGCAGCCUCACUAAGCUUCAGAAGAGAGAAAGGUCCUGCAGGUUUUUCACACAGGCCAUGGUGGAGACGGUGAAUAAUCUGCUGCACCCGCGAGCCCAGACGGCGUGGAGGGAGCUGCCCACCAGCGAGCAGCUGCACUCGGCCACGCUGCUCCUCGACACCGUGGAGACCGGGGCGUUCAUGUUGGCCGACAACCUCCUGAAGACCGACACCGUGCAGGAGACCACCGACUACAUCCAGCUGGAGGUAGCCAGGCUGAGCACGGAUGGGAACCUCGCAGACCUGACAUUCCCUCAGUCGGAGCAACAUGGAAACUCCAUCCAGCUGUCAGCCUCCACUCUCAAGCAGCACGGCAGAAACGGUGAGAUCAGGAUGGCGUUCGUCCUGUAUCGGAACCUGGGCGCCUACCUGUCCACAGAGAACGCCAGCGUUCGCCUGAGCAGCGAGGCGGUCUAUCCCAACUACUCCGUGAUCGUCAACUCCCCGGUCAUCACUGCGUCCAUUAACAAGGAAAGCAAUAAGGUUUACCUGUCUGAGCCGGUGGUCUUCACUGUCAAACACCUGCAGCACUCGGAAAAGAAUUUCAAUCCCAACUGUUCGUUCUGGAGCUACUCCAAACGCACCAUGACGGGAUUCUGGUCGACGCAGGACUGUCGUCUCCUGGCCACCAACCGCACACACACCAGCUGUUCCUGCACCCACCUCACCAGCUUUGCGGUGCUCAUGGCCCACGUGGAGGUCAAGAAAGCGGACAGCAUGCACGACGUGCUCCUGGACGUCAUCACGUGGGUCGGGAUCCUGCUGUCGCUGGUGUGCCUGCUCAUCUGCAUCUUCACCUUCUGCUUCUUCAGAGGCCUGCAGAGUGACCGCAACACCAUUCACAAAAACCUCUGCAUCAGCCUCUUCAUCGCUGAGUCACUCUUCCUGGUCGGGAUCAACAAGGCCGAUCAGCCGAUUGUCUGCGCAGUCUUCGCGGCCUUGCUCCAUUUCUUCUUCUUGGCAGCGUUCACCUGGAUGUUCCUGGAAGGGGUGCAGCUCUACAUCAUGCUGGUGGAGGUGUUCGAGAGCGAACACUCCAGGACUAAGUACUUCUACCUGGCGGGGUACGGGGUGCCCGCUGUCAUCGUGGCCGUCUCCGCCGCCGUGGACUACAGGAGCUACGGCACGGACCGAGUGUGCUGGCUACGUUUGGAUACAUACUUCAUCUGGAGCUUCAUAGGCCCUGCCACACUCAUCAUUAUGCUGAAUGUAAUCUUCCUGGGUAUCGCUCUUUAUAAGAUGUUCCAUCAUACGGCCAUUCUCAAGCCAGACUCGGGAUGUCUGGACAACAUCAAGUCCUGGGUGAUUGGGGCCAUCGCCCUGCUGUGUCUGCUGGGCCUGACCUGGGCGUUCGGCCUCAUGUACAUCAACGAGAGCACGGUGAUCAUGGCCUACCUCUUCACCAUCUUCAACUCGCUGCAGGGCAUGUUCAUCUUCAUCUUCCACUGCAUUCUGCAGAAAAAGGUGCGUAAGGAGUACGGAAAAUGCCUCCGUACUCACUGCUGCAGCGGUAAGAGCGUGGAGACCUCGAUCUCCUCCUCCAGUAAGACCACCACCUCCCGGACGCCGGGCCGCUACUCCACAGGCUCACAGGUGAGCUUACCUGCCUGCACACCUGGACGCUACAGCACAGCCGACUCUCAGAGUCGUAUCAGGCGGAUGUGGAACGACACAGUGAGGAAACAGGAGUCCUCCUUCAUCACUGGAGACAUCAACAGCUCCGCCACGCUCAACAGAGGAGCCAUGGCUAAUCAUCUUAUAACUAAUGCUCUCCUUCGUCCCCAUGGUACUAACAAUCCUUAUAACACUCUCCUGGGGGACUCUGCAGUCUAUAACAACCCAGCCGUGGGCAUGUACAACACCCAAGCACCUUACCGAGACACAAAGGGCAUCCUGAACAACGCAAGAGACUCCAGCGUCAUGGACACGCUCCCCCUGAACGGUAACCAUGCCAACAACUACAGCAUGGCCAGCAGCGAAUACCUGAGCGACUGCGUCCAGAUUCUAGACCGGAGCGGAGGCUACGGCACCCACAGCAACCACAAGGAGACCACCCUGGAAAAGAAGAUCCUCAAGGAGCUGACCUCCAAUUACAUCCCGUCGUACCUCAACAACCACGAGCGAGCGACCACCGAGCGCAAUCACAACCUGAUGAACAAGCUGGUCAACAGCAGCAUGGCCAACGGAGGGAGCAUGGCAGGGGGCAGCAGCAGCAGCAGCAGCAGCGGCGUCGGCGGAUGUGUGGGCAGCGGCAAAGAGGACAACAGUCCCAUGGUGCUGGACAACCCCGCGGCGUUCCCCCACGAGGAGAACCUGGGCUUGGAGAUCAUCAGAGAGGAGUCCAACGCCCCCCUCCUCCCGCCCCGGCCGCCCCCGCCGGACAGCCACCCCCCUCCGCCGCCGCCCCCCCACAGCUUCUCCCGGCCGCGGCGCAUUCCUCAGGAGACCAGCGAGAGCUUCUUCCCUCUGCUGACCAACGAGCACACCGACGAGCACACGCACUCGCCCAACCACAGAGACUCGCUCUACACCAGCAUGCCGGUGCUGACGGACCUCCCGGACGGACAGAUGAACGGUCUAACGGACGGAGAGGAAGACAGCUCCGGCGAGCUGCAGCCCUGUAAGAGCGCCACGGCUCCGGAGCUGGAUGACGUCUAUUAUAAGAGCAUGCCAAACUUAGGCUCCAGGAAUCACCUCCACGAGCUGCAGAGCUACUACCACAUGGGCCGUGGUGGCAGCGACGGAUACAUGGUGUCUGGGAGCAAGGAGGAGUCCGACUCGUCGCCCGAGGAGCCGCCCGUAGACCCUUCUCAUCUGGUCACCAGUCUAUAGAGCCGACUCAGACUCGUGUCCCUCCCAAGCCCAUUUUCACACUUUCAACCUUCCAAUAAAGACGUUCCGUGUUGAUGAGUGCCGGACCGAGCUGGCCCGCCCCGGGAGAGACGUACCGCGCGCGACAUUGACUGCGGUUCAUGACAAUAUGGCUGCGAUAUUGCUGGCUGAGAGAGAGCAAGGACUGAAUGUAUUGUCAUAAAUGGUGCAGACUGAGUGGGCGGCCCUGAAAGACUUUUUUUUUUGUGAACAUCAAACAGAAAUGGAACUUUUUACCUGGAACGGAAACGGACAGAGGAGGGAUUCUGUAAUUUUACUGUACCCGUUACUUUAAUUUGGAAUCAUGGAUUGACUGUAGCCCUACAAGUUCCCCCAUUAUGGACCUCUAGCAGAUCAUAGCAUAUAGUCUCCACUAUCGACGCUGCCGGGAGGGGGGGGGGGGGGAUGGACCCCGGCCCAGGUUAAAGGAGCUGCCUGUCUGUUUGUCUGUAUGUCUGUCUCUCUGUCUGACCCUCAAAGACAUAUACUGGGGUGACGUUUUCACCCCUCCCAAGGGUAGAGCAGGAUGUUCACAACAAAAACUGGCCCCCAAAGAGGGGGGCGCCACUACCUGCCAAUCAAGUGAAGGACGUAUGAUAGUAUAUACCCUCACUACCGGUCAUCCAAAAACUAUUUGGUUUGGGCAACCGAACUGUAACCAUAACGCGCCGAUGUUCUGAAUUAUCUUCCUGUUUGUAUCUGCUAAACUGGAGUUGUGUCUGGGCUGGUGUAACAUUCCUGCAAGUUUUAGUGACUGCGGCUACUGUGUAUUUCACUGAAAACAAAGAAGGAA